AUGGCCAGCUGUGCUGCUCUAGUUACAGGAUGCAUUCUUGCAUCCCGCCCGCAUUGCGUGAAUCAUGUUAAUAGAAGGAUCCAGGGCCGUAAGUCCCUUCGAUCUCAGCACAACCAUGCUAGACCUCAUUUUCCGGGCUCAAAUAUAAACCAAUUGUUCAGCUGUGCUCCUGUUGGUGGCCAUCUCACAGUUGCCCACGCUCAAGGUUAUCCCACCAUGGAUGAGACAACUGAUGCAAGCCCUUCGUCAAAACUCCAUACAAGACUGAGACUCUGGGAGUUUCCUGACUCUUAUAUAUUUGAACCAAUUGAUGGCCUUGCUGACUUGUACUUGUCAGUUAGCCGGACCAGUGGAACAAUGAAUCUAGUUCAAGACUUGCCGUCACGUGGACCCACUACAAAACAUAAAGUUCAAACAGUAUAUGGUGUGAUAGGAGUGCUCAAACUUGCAGUUGGAUCAUAUUUUGUGGUGGUCACGGAUUGUGAUUGUGUGGGAUCCUACUUUGGACACGCAAUUUUUAAAGUGACAGGGCUAAAAGUUCUUCCCUGCAAUAAUGCACAUAACACCACCUCUGCUAAGCAGAAAAAAAUGGAAUCAGAAUUCUUGGAACUCCUGGAUGCUGCAGAGAGGACUGUUGGCCUUCACUUUUCCUAUGAUAUCAACCUAACACUUUCUGCACAGAGGCUACAUGAUCUAGGCGAUGAGUAUAGAGCUCUUCCUCUUUGGAGACAGGCGGAACCAAGAUUUCUAUGGAACGCUUAUUUGUUGGAACCUCUAAUUGAGAACAAGCUGAACCAGUACUUAUUGCCAGUAAUUCAAGGCAGUUUUCAAAAUAUCCAAGCAGAAGUUGGGUCAGAGAAGGUAAAUGUGACCCUGAUUGCACGUAGGUGCACACGAAGGAUAGGUACUCGAAUGUGGAGACGAGGAGCUGAUGCAGAGGGUUAUGCUGCAAACUUCGUUGAAUCAGAGCAGAUAAUGCAGUCAAAAGGGUUUACAGCAUCCUAUGUACAAGUUCGAGGCUCUAUGCCAUUCUUGUGGGAGCAGAUUGUUGAUUUGACAUACAAACCUAGUUUUGACAUUGUUGGACAAGAGGAGGCGCCUCGUGUACUUGAGAGGCACUUCCAUGAUUUGCAAAAGAAAUAUGGAGCUGUCUUAGCUGUUGAUCUUGUCAAUGCAGGUGGCGGUGAGGGUCGCCUCCGUGAAAGAUAUGCAAAAUCUAUUGAACCUAUUCUUAGUGAAGAUAUAAGAUAUGUGCACUUUGACUUCCACCGAGUUUGUGGUCAUAUUCACUUUGAGCACCUUUCUCAGCUGUAUGAUCAGAUCAAGGACUAUCUUCAGAAACAUAAGUACUUCCUUGUAAAUGAUAAAGGAGAGAAAAUUGAGGAGCAGACUGGCACUGUAAGAACAAAUUGUAUAGAUUGUUUGGAUCGCACCAAUGUGACUCAGAGCAUGAUUGGGCGAAAAAUUCUGGAAAGCCAACUUCAACGUAUAGGAGUUUUUGGUGCUGGUGAUACGAUAAGCAAACAUCCAGCCUUUGAUACAAACUACAAAAUUUUGUGGGCCACUCAUGGAGAUGCAAUCAGCAUUCAGUACUCUGGAACUCCUGCUCUGAAGGGAGAUUUUGUUCGGUAUGGGAAGCGAACUACUCAAGGAAUUCUGAACGAUUUGAGGAAUUCACUUGGUAGAUACUACUUUAAUAACUUUGUUGAUGGGACUAAGCAGGAUGCCAUGGAUCUUCUUCAAGGACAUUACAUGACAUCUGUUAGUCGAGACAUGGCAGUGCCAAACAAAGCAGGACUUCUGGAGAGUUAUGCGUCCUUCCGCCUUGCUUUUGCAUUGGUUAUGGGAGCUCUAAUGUUCAUGAUGAUGUCACUAAGACAAGCUCUGUGUGUGCUCCAUCAACUUGUCCAGCCUGCACUUAUAAAAGCUCCUUGUGCCUUUGGUGGCAAGUCCUCUUCUUCCCCUCCACCGGCCGUCGUUUUUUACUUGACCUCGACACAAGGCCUGCUGCUGCAUUCUGCUGCUGCAACUCCUCCGUUGCAGUGCUACUACACUACACCCAUAGUGACAGAGGCGACGGCCGCGAGCCGAGCCGAGGUGGACACCUCCCGGCCGUUCCAGUCGGUCCGGGAGGCAGUGGAGGUGUUUGGCGAGCGGCGGCACGCCGGUGGCAACGGCAGCAGCUCGAACGAGAGCAGCGCGCCCCCAGCGGCAGCCUCACCAUCGUCCGUGAUGCUGGAGUGCCUGAAGAAGCUGGAGGAGGACCUGGCGGAGGCCAAGGCCUCAGCGUGCAGUUCAGCAAGGGCCUGGCCGUCUUACUCCAGCCUCAGCAAGGGCAAGGAGGUGGCCGUCGUCGUUGGGGAUGAGGACAGUGGUGGCCAUGGCCGCGUCCGCAGCGACCGGUGGGACGAGAGCCGGGCGGAGGAGUGGGUGGCGAGCCUCGAGUACCUGCCCAGCCUGUCGGAGGCGCUGGCCAUCAAGAUGGUGGAGGAUGACCAGGGCGACAGGAAGGAGAGGAAGGUGAAGAAGAAGAGCAAGAACAAGAACAAGGCUGCCAGUGCCAGCAGGACCAAGAAGCACAAGAGCGGGAUCUCAUUGCAAUUGGUUGGGGCCAUGUUCUGCUCCAAGAAAGCCAAGUCCAGGUGA